AUGACUGCACAAGAUAUCAAUCAAAACUUCAGGCUCGAGAAUAUCUUCAAUGUUAAGGACAGAGCGGUCAACGGUGCCAAAGUUUACAUCACAGGUCGCACGGAUGAGAAAUUAGAGCGGGUGGCAGAGCUAUACGGAAAGAAUAUUCCCGGUCAGAUUAUCCCAAUCACGGCCGAUAUUACCUCCAAGGAGUCUAUCCAGAAGCUUGUCAAUGUAAUCUCUUCCAAAGAGUCCAAGCUACACAUUUUGAUCAACAACGCCGGUAUUAGCUCUACUACUUACGAGACGGAGCACAAUGAUCCGAAAGCUCUUCAAGAAGAGUUUUUCCACAACAAGAGCACGAUCGAAGAAUGGGAAGAUGUGAUGCGAACCAAUGUUACGCAGCUGUUUUUCACAACCUCGGCCUUUCUACCAUUACUCAACAAAGGAACAGAGGACGAACGUGGUUGGUCCAGCACUGUGGUUAACAUUACUUCCAUUUCGGGUAUCAUCAAGACAGCUCAACACCACUUUGCCUACAACUCUAGCAAAGCAGCUGCUAUUCAUCUGACUAAGAUGUUGGCACACGAAAUCAUGUCUUCCAACCUGAAGAUCCGUGUGAAUAAUAUUGCACCGGGUGUCUUCCCGUCGGAGAUGACGGCUAAAGACAGUGAUGAGAAACAGAAGAGCUCAAUCCCCAAGGAAAAGUAUGAGUCCAAGGUUCCUGCCGCGCGCCCCGGAAAGGAUGAGGAUAUGGCAGGCGCUGUUCUUUUUACCGUUGCGAACCAAUACCUCAACGGACAGACUAUCGUCGUUGAUGGUGGCUAUGUUUUGGCCGCUGGAACUGUUUGA